AUGUCCCCCAAAUUCCAACCCCCUUUCUUUCUUUCUUUCUUUCUUUCUUUCUUUCUUUCUUUGCGUUUGGCACCGAUGAUAAAUUUUCCUCUUUUCCGACUUCCCCCUUCUUUCUUUUGUUCUUUCUUUCACCGUCUUCUUUACAUAUUUCCUUCCUUUUUUUCUUUAUUCUUCCUUUUUUUCAUACUCUUUUCUCUCCUUCCUUAUUUAUCUUGUUUUAUUUUUCCUUCGUCACCUGUUUCUAUCAAUUUUAUCUUCAUAUCUAUUCUUACUUUUUUUUUUAUUUCUUCCUUUCGUUCUUUUCUUUCUUCUUAUUUUCUUAUUUUCCUUUUUUCUUUUGCAUACUUCCUUCUUUUCUUCCUUCAUUUUUAUCUAUUUUCCUACCUUGACUUGUUCCCUAACAUCGUUUCCUUCUCCCUUUUUUCUUCUUCCUUUCUUUCCUAUUUCCUUCUCUUCCCGCGUUUCAUUCCAUCAUUUCGUUCUUUUCUUUUUUUAUUUCCUUCCUUCCUUCCUUCUUUCCUUCGAAUCUUCUUUCCUUCGUUUCCUUUUCCUUUUUCUUUCCUCUAA